GAGCAUUGGUGGGCGCUCCAUGGCGAGCGGCGCUGGGAGUCGUUGUUCUAAUUGUUACUAAUUGUUCCUGAUUGUCCUGAUUGUUCUUAAUUGUUCUCCUACGCAAGGGCUGUUUUGGGGCGGGAGAAAGUGUUUCUGUACAGAGCUGUGAACCAGCACUGAAUGUUUUUUGCUGCCGUUGCUGAAAGUUGCUGGAUUAUGGGAAAAUAUGAAGCUGUUGGGAAAGGCUUUCACCAAAGUUCUGGGCAGGAUUUCUGGCUUCGCACAGAAAGUCAGAAUCGCUUUCUAGACUUUGUUCAGUGAUAACAGCAAGACUUAACUGUGAUACUCAGUUUACGCAUGGACAGGACAUGGCUGUGUGAAGGGAAUUUGAACUGCAGUCACAGUUUAUUUAAUUUGUUCCUGGGCUUAGGCCUCCAAUUUAUGCUCAGUCUUGUUCGGCCGCUUCCAGGAUUUGAUUGUGCCCAUUGAAAUAAAUGAAGUUGGUUUUCUGAGGUUUGUAGAACUUGUGGUCCCUGAUUGGUUUAUUCAUAGUUAUGAGGAGGAAGUUGUUUCUGAAGUGGGUUACUGGGUGGAUGGGCAGCUGAAAAAGCAGCUCACCAGAAAGAAAAGACUGCAAUAUAAAGAUACUGCUGUGGUUGAUUGUAUGAGUGAAGAAAACAGGAAUCAUUCCAACAGAGGAAAAUACAGGAUCUAUUUUCUGUUUUUCUAGCUUGAUAUGAAAGUGGUGCUUAUAUAUAUAUGUUAAAAAUAUCCUUCCUUCCUGUUUCCUUCUCUUAUCACUGCUUUCCUUGGUUGCUUAAUGCUCAACUCCUGUAGUUGAGGAGGAAGCUUUUGGUAUUGCCACACAUGCUGUCUUUGUAGCAAAAUAAUAACAGUUUUUGCUGAAGAAAAUGUCACUUUGGUGUCACUUACCUCUGUUGAGAAUUUUGGACGGUGGUUCGAAGUGCUGUCUAGGAGCUCAGUGCUGAGCUUCGUGGUUCUGCAUCAUCAGUGGAGCUGGGAGGUUUAAAAGUGCUUCAAAAAACACGUUGGUUUUUUUUUGUUUGUUUGUUUAUUUUCUUCUGCUUUAAUUACAUUCAAACAUUUAAGUGUUUCUAGUUGUUGCUCUUCAUUUAAGCAGAAAUAUUUAUGUAAGAUCACGAUGCUUCCGUGCUAGUUUCUAUCAGCUGACCUUUCUGGUUCCAAAACGUCCUACUCUGUUUUACCACUGACUGCUCUGAUAGCAUCCACUGAGAACUACGUGGAGUGUUGGCAAUGCUGUCAUUUCCAGGAUGCUGUUGUUUUUAAAACAAAGAAUUUCCUGACCGCUGCACCGAUAAAUUACUUCAGUCUCUUCUUUUUCCACACCGAAUGCCUAGAAAUGAAAUUGGACAUAAUUGUCCAAUACUUUGGUAAAUGCUACCUGUAAGGUUACAGCAAAGAAAACUCUGCAUGUCUAAAGCCUUUAGACAGACAGUAGCACAGACAUUUAUAUUGGCCAUCAAGGGAAAUGCGAUCUCUGACAACCAGGAGCUGAUCUAAUCAGGGAGUCAAGAGCGCCCUUCUGGUUUCUCAUUUGCUGGGAAAGGACCACGUUUGAGCAGAUGCAACGGCUUCAUGCGUGGAUGUUCUCUACUAAUGGCUGUAUUCUAAGCUGACUUGGAAGACCCAGCUGUAUUACUUUGCUGCCAGAAAAACAGUUUCAGUGGUUGAAAAACUACUUGACAGCAAGCAGAACGCAGUACUGUUGUCAUCUGGACUGAGUUUGGGAAAUAAGAUCAUGUUUUCAGUUAAUUUGUUGAUGUAGAAAGUCAGUAGGACAGAACUAGAAUACUUUUGGUGGCUGAUGCUCGAGUUGGCAGCUUUGCCUUUUUAUCCUGGUUCUGAUGUCAAGCCAUGAAGCUACGUGCUGUUCAUUGGAUCUUUUCUACUCUAGCGAGAGGAACUGUUCUGUUCCUGUUGGCAUCAGCCUGCUGUGCCCUGUUGGCAGUGCUUGGGGCAGUAGGUUGUUCCACUGAGAGUCCAGGAGUUCUCUGGGGAAGAUCCAUGCGUUCAGGGGAACUCGUGCGGAGUGGGAGCGUCUCUCUGUCUUGCAGUGGAUUUGAAAGUCUUAUGUCAUUCCUAUCUUGGCAUUUGAAGCAGUCACAACUUUCGAACUGAUGAGAUUCUGUCUGUCUGCUGUUUUGACUUUUUGUCUUCACAUCUUCAUCUUCAGAUUUCGGUUCUGAUUCUCUGUGUUCCUUCUAGUUCUUGAAGCCCUUUUCUUCUUAGACUCCUGUUUCUAUAAAUCAUACAGAACUUCCAUGUGUUCCUUGAUUACAUUUGUUUUCUUUAAUUUCUUUGAAGAUGACUGACCUUGUAGCAUGUAUCUGUCCAGAGAAAGAAUGAGCAGCAUUGCAGGCUGUAUGUACCGAGUAGUUCAGACGACGGGACCAGAUGGAAAAAACCUUCUGAAAUUACUCCCAAUUUCUAAACCUUCUGGAAACUUUGUGCCAGUAGUUCAGUCUUCAGCCAUGUCAAAUAAUCCUAACGUGAAUGUUUCUAGUCCAGUCCAUCUUGCUUUUAAGACACAGCUUGCCAGUACUGCUGCAUCUUCAUCUGUUAAGAUACCUGUUUUUCAGUCUCCUAAUUCUGGAAAGAUUAUCCUUCCAAGGACGUUAGACAAACAGGGAGGUGUUAGAGCAGGUUCUGAUAAAGAAAGCGUAACGACAGAAUCAGCUGCUGACAUUCAGAGUAGUUGUGUUUCGGUUGAUAGACAGUCUUUGCAGAACGCUGCCGUAACGAGUUCAUCUGAGCAGAGUCACACUGCACACAUGUUGGGAAACACCAAAGAUAAUCCCAUUUCUGUGAAGCCUCCAGUACUGCCCUCUGGCCACCACCUCCAGAUACCAGCGGAUGCAGAAGUGAAAUCUGUCCCAGCUUCUUUUUUACCGGCUUCAAUCCAGCAAAAAAUACUUGCCGCCGCAGCAACAAAUGUGUCUGAUGGAGCUGAUAGUAAAAAAAUGCCAAUGGUGAUUUAUGUGUCACCUGUGAACGCAGUGAAAACAGUUCUUCCCAAGCGUUUGCAAGCUGACAACCCCAAACCUGCCCCAGAUGUUUCAAAAACGUUGCAAAUGGCAGCUCCACAAAAGGCACAUAGCUCUUCUCCUGAGACAGGAACGUCUGAUGCUCAGCAGUGCCAGCACGCACCAAUGAAAUGGAUUGUGCGAGAAAGUCCGCAGUUGCCAGCGCCCUGCCUUAUUCCUGUAAAGUCAUCAAAUAACGUGGCUUCCAAGAUCUUGAAAACUUUGUCAGAUAUGAAGAAUGUAGAAGUGAACUCUGCAAAUAUUUUGUCACGCUUUUCUAUUGGUUCUGGUGUAAGCAAAACAAAAAUCACGUCCAUUAAGGAUAAUGCUCUGGUCAUGUGCAAUGGGAAAGUCUAUUUAUUGACCAGGAGAGGUUCUGAUGUUCUAUCAGCCCAAGCUGACAUGCAGGCAUCUUCCUCUUGUGGUGCUUCACUUAAAAAGGGAACAUCCAAGCUAAUUGAUUCUACUGAAGUCACUAAAAUAAGCAAUAAAGUGGUGAAUCUGGUAUUAUCCAAAAACAAAGGAGUGCCGUUACCUCAGAAAGAUCCUAAAGUGUGUACAAACUCUAAAGCUUCUUCACCUGGAAGUUUAAGAAAUGACUUAAAAUCUGCAUCUGCAGCUCUGGUGAUACCAAGUGUUGAGGAGCAGAGUUCCACUGUAAACCAGGGAAAAAGUUUGCCCUUCAUGGAGAGCAUCUCAAGUGGAACAACCCCAAUUACGGCGUUAGGGAUGCAGGAAAAUACGUGCCAAGAUGGCAAGGAAGUGAUUCAUUCCCCCAAAGCAGCAAGUGCUGUUUUACCUCAGUCUGAACACGAGUGUGCUUUCAGUGAAGACUGGCAAAAGGUCCAGCGUAAAAAGAUGUAUUCACUAGGAAAAGUUAAUCAAAAUAAAGACCAAGAGAAGCCACAUUGGAAACAGUAUUUGCAAUUAAGGACAAAAUUUGGUCUCUAUAAGGAGGAGAGAGUCUACCUUAAGAGAAUACCAUUAACAACCUCCUGUGAGAAACCAGAUGAGAGGGUGAGCUCCAGUAACAGCUUGGAAAAGAAAAAUGAUUCUUGCACUUCCUCCUCGUUAGAUGUGACAAUAACAGACCGACAUCGGGAAUGUAUUAAAGAGGAAAAGGUUAUUUUGGAUCUAGAAGAGGGUUUAUCUAAGAAAAGAAAAACAAAAUUUUCACUGCCAGACAGUGGAAAGAGAAGGAGAGCAUCAGUCAAGUCAGCCACGAGCUCAAGUUCAGAAUACAGUGGGGGAAGUUCUAUCACACUAAACAGAAGUGUUUCUCCUCCACCUGCCUUAUUGCAGCGAAGCAUUUCCACAGACUUUGUAUCCUCAACAGACGCUGAGCGAGAGCCGUGCUCCCAAAACAGCGAUGAUACAGACUCAGAUAUUCCAGUGUUAGUGUCCUGUGAAGACCAUGCUUCACUUUUUGAAGGCUCUUUCAGAGAUGAUGCUUUCCCUUUGACUCCCCCAGACCUGGAUGAAACGAUCCGGGACGAGAAGAUAAAACGACUCAAGCAGCUCUUGAGAGAGCGGGAAGCAGCACUUGAGGAAAUGCGUAAAAAAAAUGCAGCAAAUCUGAAAUACUGAAGGUGGUGGUGGUCUGAACCGUAUUCACCUUCAUCUCAGUGACUUGAAGAAGAAAUUUUGCGUUUGAAUGAAGGUGAAUAUUUCUGGAAAAAGGAGGACCUUGAGGAAAUUUAUAAUGUGUAUUUAUAAAAAUAAUUUUCCUACUAAAGACUAGAAAUAAAAGACUUGGACCACCA